UGUAUACAUGAAGCAUAUAAUUACUUUUUUUUCCAUCUAAAUUUUAAAUACAUUCGGAUUUGAGAAGUGGUAGGUAAGUGAAUGAAUUACUAUAAAAAUCUCUAAAGCCUUCACAAAAAUCCAUAGACCCUGGCAGAAAUUUUCCAUUUUCUUUGUAUUUUCUUGCAUAUUGCAAAAGCAAACAAUUCAUUCAAACAUGACAGUGAAGAAGAUUACAUGGAAAUCUCUCAUGUUAAGCUGUUACAAUAGCAAGGACAUCAUCUCUCCAUCUGAUUCAGGGGAGAAGGAUUCGAAACCAUGUCAAUUCCAAAGACUAUCAAUGUCCGACGUAAGUGAUCGCAGCUCGCCACUCUCUGUCGACGAUCUCUCGACCUCUCUACUCGGCUCAAAUCUUCAUGUGUUUACCUUUGCGGAGCUAAGACUAAUAACCCAUUAUUUCGCACGCUGUAAUCUGCUCGGUGAAGGAGGGUUCGGACCGGUUUACAAAGGUUUCAUUGAUGACAAGCUUAGGCCUGGAUUGAAGGCUCAGCCGGUUGCUGUCAAGGCACUGGACUUGUAUGGCUUGCAGGGUCAUAGGGAGUGGCUGGCUGAAAUAAUCUUUCUUGGUCAACUACGGCAUCCUCAUCUGGUUAAGUUGAUUGGAUAUUGUUAUGAAGAAGAUAACAGAGUUUUAGUGUAUGAAUAUAUGCCAAGAGGAAGCUUAGAAAAUCAACUCUUUAGAAGUAUGUUGUUUUAUUUCAUAGAGUGUGUAUGUACAUGUAUAUAUAGAUCACUGAAUUUAUAUAGGCCAACUUUUACAGGGUAUUCAGCUCCCUUACCAUGGUCUGCUAGGAUGAAAAUUGCCUUGGCAGCAGCAAAGGGCCUGGCUUUCCUACAUGAAGCUGAUAAACCAGUAAUAUUUCGGGACUUUAAAUCUUCAAACAUCUUGUUAGACUCUGAUUACAAUUGCAAACUAUCGGAUUUCGGGUUAGCAAAGGAUGGUCCAGAAGGCGAACAGACUCAUGUAACGACCCGAGUUAUGGGCACACAAGGAUAUGCAGCUCCAGAGUAUAUCAUGACUGGUCAUUUGACAACAAUGAGUGAUGUGUACAGCUUUGGAGUGGUUCUCUUAGAGUUACUAACAGGGAAACGAUCUGUGGACAAUAGCCGGCCCGGUCGAGAGCAGAGCCUUGUGGAAUGGGCAAGGCCAUUAUUAAGGGACCCUAAGAAGCUUGAUAAGCUAAUAGAUGCUAGACUUGAGAGACAAUUUUCCAACAAGGGGGCUCAAAAGGUGGCUGCGUUGGCAUACAAAUGCUUGAGCCACCAACCAAAGCCAAGGCCUAGCAUGGGCGAUGUGGUCAAGAUCCUGGACUCUGUUCAGGGGUUUGAGGAUGAAUUUGUUGGACCUUUUGUUUAUGUGGUGCCAAAUGAAACCGAUGGUGACAAGGAGCUGUUUACGACCAAGGAUUGCGGUGUAGAAAAACACGAACUACAUCGUUGUGGUUGGCGAAAUGAUCAAAUUGCCUCUUUCUUUGGUAGCUAAUGCUGAAUCUCCAUGUGGCAUAAGCAUUUGAGAAUUGCAGAUAUAUGUGGUCGAAUUUAUGUGGUGCGAAAUGAAAAACAAAGGUAGAAAUUUCGACUGGAAA